AUGUCGCAUGGUCGGUUGAGAACCGAUCAAGGAAAUCGUGCGGGUGGAGACAGGAAGAGCGAACGUGACGACGGCGAAUUGAUUAUCAGGAGGGCUCAAAUCGCACAAGGUAUAGUCAGACAAAAUAAAAAUCUUUCGCCUGUAACACUCUUUCGAUGCCUAACUGCCAUGCAACCCGAAGAAAGCGCGAGGGCUGGGAUACUGUCAGGUUUUUCAAGCCUGGCCAAAGGAAUUCGAGAGACAGAGGUCGGGUUCGAACCACGGACCUUCCGGUCAGUAAAUUCGCGAUUUAACCCCUGA